UCUUACUCUUUGUAUGUUUUGCUUCUAUUUAAUAAGUGGUAUCAAGAUACUGGCAAUCCAUAAUAAAAGGAUAUACAUUUUACAGCAGACAUAUACGCAUAUGCAUAACAGAAAGGUGAGGUUGCUUUUCAGAAUGACUUUAGGAUUUGCCAUGCUUCUUUUCGUAAUGGACCCUACAGCAGAGUUUGGGACCACCUUAAAUCUUAAACAGAUUGUUACUGGACGGUGUUAUGAGUAUGUAACCCUGGUUAAUCCCAGCUCUUGGUUUGACUGUGAAGAGAUUUGGCAGGAGUUUGAAAAAGCUGUUGUCAGGAGAUCAUCCUGCAAUAUAAGAGUGAAAGACUACAAAAGAAUGUUCCGUGCCACAGCUCAGAUUUUACCAUGUGAUCAGUUUCUCUUCUGGAGUAAGACAAGAGACCUCAUGCACAGUUAUGUAGCGGUCACACAGAGCUUCUGGACAUUAGAAAACACACUGGUGGGAUUCAUGUUCAAUGAUCUUAUCUGGUGUGGACAGGAGGAGGGAGAGAGAGGAUUUGAUUAUCACUCUUGUCCUGAAUGGUCAACAUGUUUGAACCAUCCUGUUUUCUCACUAUGGAAGCAAGCUUCUCAGAAUUUUGCAGCAGCUGCAUGCGGAAAUAUAACAGUGUUGCUAAAUGGAUCGAUUCAUCAUGCUUUCAAUCAAGAAAGCAUGUUUGGCAGUGUGGAACUGGACAAUCUAAAUCCAAGAAUGGUCUCGAACGUUCACAUAAACGUUAUAUACAAUCUGGAUGGACCAUUUGUGGAGUCUUGCACUCGUGGUUCCAUAUUAAGACUCAUAGAGGUUUUAGAAACACGGGGGUUCCACUGGACCUGCACAGAGAAUGACAUGUAUAUACAACAAAAAGAGGAAAUGCAGUCUCCUGAUCCUGAAAGCAGAGACCAUGAAAAUGAUUUCUUUGUAUUUCCUGAAGAGGAGAAUCAACAUGACAAACAAGCAACAACUGUUGACAUGGACUAA